AUGGGUCCCCAGAACAGCCCCGAUUAUGGCGAGUUCGUGGACUCUGAUGGAGAAGGCGACGUUGAGGAUGUCUCCGAGCCCCUGGAACGGUAUGACCGGGGCCUAUACUACCCUUUGUGCAUUGGGGAAGUGCUGGCCGGGAGAUUUCGCAUAGAGCACAAGCUUGGCUGGGGCGGCUACUCCACUGUCUGGAUGGCCCACGAUUUGCAGUACCGAAAGAGUGUUGCUCUCAAGAUUAUGAUUCCAGGCGAGAAGGGGGAAUACGAGUAUCAAAUGCAAAACGAAAUCCUCCGGACCGUCCGCGACACUUCUCACCUUGUUGCACAUGAAGGCUCCUUCUUACUCCCUGGCCACGGUGGUAACUAUCACCGCGUCUUAGUGCUGCCCCUUCUCAGCCUAAGCCUGGGCUACCGUGCCAUACAAUUGUCGGUUGCCACUCGUGUCUUAGCCGCGAAGCAGCUGCUCGUAGCAUUGAAAGGCCUCCAUGAUGUUGGACUUGUGCAUCGCGAAAUGCCCUCCGUCGCUGAGUAUGACACGGCGACUAAAUACCAGCGGCUCGGCCGUCCGAAAAAGGUGCUUCUCGGUGAUUAUCUUUGGAAGCGGGGCGAGCUCGUCCAGCAGAUGACCAUUCCCUUAGACUUACUUGGAAGCAAGCUUUACCUAGGAGAUUUCGGCCUCACGAUCAAAGAUGGAAUCUCGGUGUCCAUCAAACAACAAGCGCCUUACUGCUUCUGCGCCCCCGAGAGACUUCACGGCACAGAUCCAAGCCUGGCAAGCGACACGUGGAGUUUUAUGUGUCUCUUUGCAGCUCUGUAUCUAGGCAAUAACGUUUUCUACGGAAACGGGGGCGGGUCGACGGCGUUCAGCUGGGUCGAACAGCUGGGCGCGAUGCCUGAGCAGUGGAAGGGAAAGUUUUGGUGGCCAGAGGAAGUCAAUGAUACUUGGUACGAUCACACAACGAAUCCUGAUCCUGAAAGAGACCUUGCAGCCAGGAUCGCACGAAUGCGACCUGAUACCAGCCAAGCUGAACGAGAGCUCGCUCUUUCUGUUAUGCAAAAAGCGUUCUGCUAUUUGCCCGAACGUCGCAUAACCGCGGCACAGCUUUUGCAGGAUCCAUCAUUUAGAGCCAUGUUAGAGAUAUAUCAGUGCUAG